AAGAACCAGUCAAACCAGUCACCCGUUGUGUCUGGCGCGGUAUUCCCUCGUCUGCAGUUCAUACCAGGAAGUUGGCAGGUGAGACGCACCUGUUCAGAACGCACGCUGAAACUCACCAUCUGAUCUGACUGUAAAAAAGUGUGCUGGCAAACAUAUUGGAUACCCGUAUGAUAUGCCAAAACGCACAUCAGAUAAUAACUCUAAACAGCUUCGUCGAUAAAAAGAAGACAUGGAUUUAGACCAGAUCUGGGCUCCAAAGCCGGAUUGCGUGUCAUGUUUGUAAGAUCUUCCUUCCCUGUCUUAUACAGGUGGGACGAGUUUCAGACAUUGUUAUGGGGAAUCAAGUGGAAAAACUUACUCAUUUGAAUUACAAUGAAUUACCCACUGCUGACCCUAAUGGAUUUGACCCAGAGGACGAAGCUCCACGGAUCGGCGUGUCUUAUAUUUUCUCCACUGAUGACGACGAGCAAGACGAGAAUACUGAUGAGACCGAGAAGGAUCCGAACAUUGAGGACAACCAUUACGACUGCCGAAACGAGUUAGAAUGCGCGGUAUAUUAUCGAGAUGAGUGUGUUUACGAGAGGAGUAUCAGGAUGAUCGAAAUGGGGACGCUGUCGUGCGACAACUUGCCACAUAAGUGCAAACCUGGCGACUUGGUGGAGUUCAUCGCUGUCGGUCAGUACCCGCACUGGGCAGUGUGUGUUGGGGAAUUACAGGUGGUUCAUUUGUUCAGAAAUGAGAUUAAAUGCGACUUUCUUUACGACGCAAGUCAAGGUAAAAGAGGCAGAAUGGUCAACGACCUGUAUAAGUUUCGGUCGCUGAGCCCCGACGUUGUGGUGCAGAAUGCCAUGGAGCAAGUCGGAAUAAAAGACAGAGACAUUUGCUGGAAGAACUCUGAAUGCUUUGCUGCCUGGUGCAGGUUUGGCAAGCGCGAAUUCAAAACUGGAGGCGAAAUACGAAUAGGCAAGCAGCCAUAUAAGAUGAAGCUACAGCUGUCAGAAAAGAAAAGUCACGUUCUGGACUUUCAGAGUUUAGAGGAUUUGAUCAUGGAAAAAAGGAGAAAUUCCCAAAUUGGAAGGGAUGCUGUCAUCCAGGAACUGGAGAACCAUUUAAAUUGCACAGAAAACACUGAGAAUGAGUACAGUUGUAACUGAUGGAUCAAAGUGGGAGGGCAAGCUCAAACUCUUGUGGGCAAACAGCCUUGUCAUGGAGGAUAUGCUUUAUUUGUAAUAACCUUAAGCACAGUGACAGUGUUGUAAUUUCCAGAGUUUCUCAAGAGAGUUUCCGUAAGCAGUACUUUUCUAAAUGUGACACUUUAUUUAAUUUUUGUACUUGUUGGCAAAGAUAACUUUGAUUAAAUGAUGCUUUUUCUUUACAUAAUAAAGAUGUGAUCAUCCACUUUGUUGUGCAAGAGGAAUUUCUGUGACAGCCUUUCCAUUAUCACUCUCUUGUGAAUUAAUGUAUAGUAUUUGGUUUUGAGAAUAUUUUUUCAUAUCACCUUUUUUUGGGUGGUUGAGUAUGUAUUCCCUUAUCUUAUUUCAAA